CCCUCUUUCUCUCUCUCUUCAUCUCUUCUCUGUAUCUAUGUGGUCCACUUUGCUGUGCAGCUGUGUUGAAUUUUAUGGACUGUCUGAUAGGUCGAGUAGCAAUUGCUGUGUUCUAUGAUUUGAGUUGUGUUCUUUCUGAUGCUGAUGGAAUUAUUCCCCCUAGAACUCGGUUUUUUGAAUUUACUGCUGAAUAUGUAGAAGAAUUGUGGGUUUUCCCCAUUUUUGGUUGGGUUUUACUGAGGAAUCGGUUCUUAAAGAUGGUCAACUGCCUGUGGUUGGAUUGGAACCAUGAAUUUGCGUUAGGGUAUUGUUUAUAUGAGAGGGAGAGAGAAUGGGUGAAGUAAUACGCUUAUUGUGCUGGACUGUGUUCUUGCUGGGAUUUUAGGGCUUUUAUAAUUAGUUUCUGUAAUUGGGUCCUUGUUGUUUAUGAGUAAUUCCAGUAGUGUGAUCGAAUUGGGGCUCUCUUUUGGUGCUAAUUCCUAAUGUUUGUUCCUGCUUUGAAAUCAAGAAUAUCUGCAUCUAUUAUGGAGUAUUUGGGAGGCAUGGCAUGUGCAAUGGUGCUUGAUUGCUUGGGCUUUCCCUAUAUCUGUGGUCUGGGGUUACUUUAACCUGCAAAAAAAUGGGAGCUGAUUUCAGAGGAGAAGUGAUUAAGUAUCACAGUUCUGGUUGAAGUGAGAGUUAUUACUGUUUGACAUUCUACCAUCCUACGUUUCCACUACUACUUUUCGGUUGGUGGGUUUAGCUGAUUAUUUCCUUUCUAGGACGUAAGCUCAAACUUACAAAAUCGUCUUGUUAAUGGAGCGACCAGAGAAUCAUAGCAAUAGUGAGCACACAAUUGAUAUUACAAGCAGCAGUGAAGCAUCAUCCUCGGGCAUAUCACAUGAUCGUUCGGUAAAUGAUUUCCAGCACCAACAAACUGAGGAUCAGCCUUCAACUAGUGUGACAAUACCUGUUUAUCAACGUGCUUUUUCUUCUACUACUGGAUCAAACACAAGGAACUCAUCUUUUGUUCGAAGAGGAAAUGGACGUAGUCGCCAUAGAAGUCCUUUGAAUUCUGGGCUUUGGAUUUCUGUAGAAUUGGUUUUAACAGUGAGCCAAAUUAUUGCAGCUAUUGUUGUUUUGUCAUUAUCAAGGCAUGAGCACCCACGAACUCCACUGUUUGCUUGGAUUGUCGGUUAUGCAUCUGGAUGUGUAGUUAUCCUUCCUCUUCUUUAUUGGCGCUAUCGUUACAGAAAUCAGAGUUCUGAACAGGAUUCUCAGCAGCAACAGAAUUCUUCCCGUGGUGAUCUUUCAGCUGGACCUCCUUCAAGUUCCAGGACUUCAGAAGGUGAAGGUCGGAGAACAACUGCUACAUCCUCUAGAUGGGGUCAGAGUGGUGGAUUACCAAAUGCAAGGCUAAAGGCACUUGUUGAAUACUUCAAAAUGGCUCUGGAUUGCUUUUUUGCUGUGUGGUUUGUGGUGGGCAAUGUGUGGAUAUUUGGAGGGCAUUCUUCCUCUUCUGAGGCUCCCAACAUGUACAGGUUGUGCAUAGUGUUUCUAACGUUUAGCUGCAUUGGCUAUGCAAUGCCAUUUAUUCUGUGUGCAACAAUCUGUUGCUGCCUCCCUUGCAUAAUUUCUAUCCUAGGCUUCAGAGAAGAUCUGUCACAAAACAGAGGAGCCACACCAGAAUCAAUCAAUUCUCUGCCUACCUAUAAAUUCAAGGUAAAGAAAAACAAAAGCAAAGAUAAUGGAGGAGCUGCAAGUGAAGGUGGGAUAGUAGCAGCAGGAACAGAAAAGGAGCGCAUGAUAUCUGGUGAAGAUGCGGUCUGCUGCAUUUGCUUAGCAAAGUAUGUGAACAAUGACGAGCUCAGGGAAUUGCCCUGUUCUCAUUUCUUUCACAAGGAUUGCGUAGAUAAAUGGCUGAAGAUCAAUAACACUUGUCCACUCUGCAAAGCUGAGGUUGGGGAGACCCUUUUGGGUUCACUUACAGAAGCAACUGCCAAUUUGCAUGCCAGCUCCGUGUUUUAGGUUGCAUCACGUACCAGUUAGGCACCCGAAGGCAAUGGCUGUUUACGGACAUGGCAUUAAAUGGCUUAAAGCACAUCUACGCCAACCAGUUGGCGAUUUUCAAGUGUUCUUCCACAGGAUGUUGGUGCUGCAAACCUUCUGGGUUUUGAGGUCUAACUGCCUUUAAUUUGCAACACACGAUAUCACCCAGAGUUUGGCAUUUGAUAUGUCAUUCAGAUUGUAUAUCCUCGUUAGUUAUAAUCGUAAUAUUUGAGAUUAUCGAGUAUCAUAAUAUAGUAUAAACAAAAUGCGAUUGUUGCUUUUUCUAGUCUGAUAUAACUAAAAGACUGGAAAAGGUGUAGUCCACACCUUAGCCCUACAUCUCUCUCUUGGUUGAAAACAUAUAAUAUAUAUUAUAUAUUUUUUCUUUUGGCA